GAUCCAUGAUCAAGCUGUCACAGAAGAUGGGGAAACGGAAGAAUGUGAAUUACAAGUCAUUCUGAAUGGUGAUAUGAAAUGGGCACAUUCAGGAACCUUAUUAAUGGAGCAUGUUCAAGAGUACUAUCGAAAAUAUAUUCUCAAAAGACCUUGUUUCACUUCAAAGCAAAGUGGUGAGACAUGGGUUAAAGAGCUCCUAGAUGGUCAUGAUAGAAGAUUUUAUAAUGCAUUUAGAAUGGAAAAGGAUAUAUUUCUAAGUUUACUUCAUACUUUGGAAAGUAAGUACGAACUAUGCGGCUCAAUUAAUAUGUCAACAAUGGAAGCACUUGCAAUGUUCUUAUACAUAUUGGGUCAUGGAGAGUCAAAUAGAGAAAUUCAAGAACGCUUUCAAAGGUCUGGUGAAACAGUUAGCAGAUACUUUAAUAUGACAUUAGAAAGCAUUAUAAGCAUGGCUUCUGAUGUGAUUCAACCAUCUGAUCGCCAAUUUAGAGAUACCCCAGAACAAAUAAAAAAAGAUCGCAGAUUUAUGCCGCAUUUUAAGGAUUGUAUUGGUGCAAUUGAUGGUACACAUAUUCCAGCUUCCAUCCCUGUUUUAGACCAAUUGCCAUACAUCGGACGAAAAGGGGUGCCAACACAAAAUGUGAUGGCUGUAUGUGACUUUAAUAUGUGUUUUACUUUUGUACUAGCAGGUUGGGAAGGAUCUGCUCAUGAUGCAAAUGUUUUUUAUAAGGCCCUACGUCAAGAACAAUGGAAAUUCCCACAUCCACCGCCUGUGGGAAAAUUGAGGUGCAGAUAAGCCCCAAGAUUCCGAUGAUUUGACCCCUCCGUCCCCACUCGGCGGAGACGACAACAGCUGUGAGUAUCAGAAGCCACAGACCCGCCCAGAGGGUUUGUCUUCUUUAAUUCGAUAAAGAAGAAAAAAGGGGAAAAGAAUGGCUGCCUGUGUCAUGGCUUCUCGCGGCUUCUCUCCUUGGCUUCUUCUCCCCCAGCAUCUGGAGCAAGGCACUGCCAGGCUGCUGUUUAAGGAGCACGUGCCUUUCAUCCCCAGAGAUGGAACAAACCUAGAGAUGCUCAAGUCAAGUUCAGCUAACCUAAAGUUGCAGCAAAAAGAGGACAUUUGGAAACCCAUGAGCGCGUUAUUGAAUGCUAAAAAAAUAAUGCAGAUGAAUGCACACACCUCGAGGCCUCUUCUAGUUGAUGCUCAAGAUGAAUCUCAUUCCGGCUCGGUGAUCUUCAGCUUCUGCGUGGAUGACCAGUGCAUAAACUACGAACAGAUUUGUAGAUACAUCGUAUCUGGUUCAACUGAAAUAUUGGACCCACAAGCAAUUGCUAUUGGUGUGCCUCAAUGGCAAACUGCUUCUUGUCUUGCUAAGCCUCAGUCAGCUUUUAUAUACCCAAGCAGUUCAUCCUCCCUUCAUAUUCCACCUUCAGAUGUUGUGGGGGUCUUUGACCAAAGAAUUAAUCCUCUUUCUUUUGGUCAACUAUCUCGUCAACUAUCUCGGAGUGAUAUGAAUCAUAUACUUUCUACUAUGUCUGAGCAUUACCAGUUUAAGAAUUGGAAUGCAGCCAACAGUCGAAAGCAGCCGAUGCUGGUUCCCUAUUUUGACAGGAGGAUGACCAGGGAAGCAAAGGUUAAGUCUUCAGCUCAAGAACCUGAAUCUGUGAAAUCUGUUGCAUCUCUAACAAGUCCCGAAAAAUCAAAGGACAAAAAGUCUCUGAAAACGAAGAGGAACAAGAAACAACAAAUGAAGGAAAGAGAUCUUUACAGAAACAACACUCUCCAUGCGUUUGAAACCCUUCUUUCCAUAUUGGUGGACAAGCAGCGGCGUGGGACAACGAUCCUCACUUCACUUAUGACCCUCAAGAAAUCUGGCAAUGAUCUUCCCCGCCUUCUGACCCGCUUAUCUGCUGCCAUUGCCGGUACUGCCCUCUCCGUCUUUCUGUCUAGCGCGUGCAAAGUAGCAGCCGGAAGAGGGGUUGCCAUGUCAGCAUCAUCCGCAGUCUUCAACACCGGCUUAGGCAUGGGUCUUGUUUGGUUAUCUUGGGGCGUGAACAGUUUAAGGGACACUGUGAUCUCAAUAACCAAAAGCUCAAGCAAAUUGGGUAUGAGAGAAGGGGAGCUGUUGGGCAAACUGGACAAAGAUGUAAAGCAAAUUUACUUGAGAGCUGUUGCAUUAAUGGCUGUUGCAGUGCUGAGGUUUGUUUGAUACCCCAUUGCGUUGUGGAUGACAAGAACUGUGUAGCAAGUUAUAUUAGCCAAUUGGCUUUUUGAGCAUUUGUUUUGUUGUAAAUCAACACCCAUAUGUUUUGGAGAAAAAAAUAAUCCAAAAGUAGAAAUUUGGGAAAAAUAAAAAUAAUGUAAUAUUACAAGGAAAUGAAUAUAUUAUUACGAACUCGUGUAAUUUGCCAAUUUCUAAAUGGGUAUUCUUUCAGUUAUACGGAUAAUUAGUAUAAUUUUCACCUGAAUAUUUUAGUAAAACAUUAAUCAUCCU